ACUUUCCCUACUGAGGGAUUGAUAACACUGAGCCAGCCUCAAGUAGCCACAGCUUUUUGCACUUCUGCACUUCUGGACAAUGUGCGCCAUGAAGCUGCUGCGGGGGUUGGUACACGAGCGGAUCAGCGCUGCUGCUGAAGACUUUCUGCUGCAGGUGGAGAAAGGGGAAGAAACGGCUCAAGUCCCGGUGCUGAGAGCGCUGCUCACCGAGCGGGUAACGGCAGCGGCGAAGGACAUCGCCGCUGUGUUGGAGGAAACCCUGGCGGACUACGAAGACAGACGGGAGCGGUCAGAGCGGGAGAUCUGCCACCAGAGGAGGCUGCUCGAUGCCGUGAUGAAGCCUGAGAUAAGGCUGCGCAGAGCAGACUUCCUGCAACCGGUGGUGAGUAAAGAAGAGGUUCCCCCUGAGCAGCAGCAGUGGAGCCCUCUUGCGGACCAGGAGGACCCAGAGCCCCCCCACAUUAAAGAGGAACAGGAGGAAACUUGGACUAAUCAGGAGGGAGAGCAGUUUCAACAACUGGAAGAGGCCGAUAACAAAUUCAAAUUGACUCCUUUCGCUGUGAAGAGUGAAGAAGACGGAGAGAAACCUCAGUCUUCACAGCUUCAUCAGAGUCAGAAUGAGGAGAACAGAGCGAACGGUGGAAGACCAGAACCAGCCAGGAGCUCUGGUCCUGAUGGAUUUUUACAACCAGGUCCUGAGGACAAGACUGAAGACUCUUCUGAGACUGAAGACAGUGAAGAUGGUUGGAUGGAGACCAGGGAGCCUCAGUCUGGUUUGAAUAUAAGAAACAACAAACAGCCUUUUAGUGAUAUGGGAUGGGAAACUGAUAAGAAACCAUAUAGUUGCUCUGAGUGUGGUAAAAGAUUUGGACUAAAGAAAACGCUCACUGCUCAUAUGACAAUUCAUACAGGAGAGAAACCAUUUAGUUGCUCUGAGUGUGGUACAAGAUUUUAAAAACAAGGGCACGCUGUGGAAUCACUUGACGAUUCAUACAGGAGAGAAACCAUAUAGUUGCUCUGAGUGUGGUACAAGAUUUAAAAACAAGGGCACGCUGUGGAAUCACUUGACGAUUCAUACAGGAGAGAAACCAUAUAGUUGCUCUGAGUGUGGUAAAAGAUUUGGACUAAAGAAAAGGCUCACUGCUCAUAUGACAAUUCAUACAGGAGAGAAACCAUUUAGUUGCUCUGAGUGUGGUACAAGAUUUAAACACAAGGGCACGCUGAGGAAUCACUUGACGAUUCAUACAAGAGAGAAACCAUAUAGUUGCUCUGAGUGUGGUAAAAGAUUUGGACUAAAGAAAAGGCUCACUGCUCAUAUGACAAUUCAUACAGGAGUGAAACCAUUUGGUUGCUCUGAGUGUGGUAUAAUAUUUAAACAAAAACAUGAGGUAAAUUCACACAUGAUAGUUCAUAAAAGAGAGAAACCAUUUAGUUGCUCUGAGUGUGCAAAAAGAUUUAUGCGUAAGAACGAGCUAACUGUACAUAUGAGGAUUCAUACAAGAGAGAAAUCAUUUAGUUGCUGUCAGUGUGGUAAAAUAUUUUGCCAAAUGAAGACUUUAACAAAACAUAUGAGGAAGCAACACAAGUGUGAAUACAGGGUUUCGGACUAAUGAUAAAUUAUGAGCGCUGCUGUUUCAGAACAGAAGCAGCGGUUGGUUUGUAUCAUGUCAGAGUCUGAGUGUCGUCCUGCACACUGAGACACACCUGAGCUCACUUUACUUUUUCACUAUCAACACCAACACUCAUCAAAAGUUACUCGAACCUGAACAGAACUGAACUUUACCUUGUGUUUGUUUGAUUCACUCCAGAGUUUAAGAGAGACACACACACACUGACCUAAUACAAUAGAAACCUAAAAGUUGAUCUAAAUCAUAACAAUUCACUUUACUGAGCUGGUUAAAUAUAUUCUUGGCCAAAUGUACAUAUAUAUAUAUAUAGAUCUGUUUUGUACAAAAAAUGUUUAAUGUUUGCGUAUGAUGUGAAUGCUUUGCUAUACACACAUUUAUAUAAAAAUAUCUGUAAAUAUCCGAAGAAAAUGAAAAAAGAAAUGUGAAAGUGCAUAGUCUUACUAAAUCACGCAUGUUGAAAAAUAAAUGUAUAAGUAUUGAACAUAUAUUUCACAAAUGCUCCAACACAGACAAUUCUAGCUCCUUCCACCUGAUGGUGUAGUUUGAUUCAGAUCUAGGCUGAGAGAAGACCUGAUGGAUCCGACACAAAGAUCACAAGAAAAGGAUUUGUUCUGGACUCAACUUUCUGACUGGCAGAGAAUUAGAAAACAGAUUAUAUUUUAUAUAUAUAUUUAUUUAUUAUUUAUAUUCUUCAAAUGACAGUAUUUUUUAUGACUGUGGCCAACAGGGCCGGUCUUUCCUACGGGCGACAUAGGCGGUUGCCUAGGGCGCCACUCAGAGGGGGGCGCCAAAAACUGCGCCCAGCAAAAAAAAAAAGUCAUCAAUCAAACAACCUGUCAAUCACUUUUUGGACAUAAAGUCUAUCCUAAUCUAAUUUGUAUGUCAGGUGUACCCCACCUCUAACCAGAUCAGUUGAAUUUGCUCCAUCUCAUAUACCUCUGAUGCCAUUCUGUGACUUAUUUUAAUCGUUUCAUUUAAAAUGGUUUAAAUGAAAAGAAUCUUCCACCAGACCAAGACACAUCUGCUGCUUAAAGAACUCCUUUGUUUGUUCUGUCUCCACUUACUUCAACUUGUCUAUAAAAGUAUCAUCCUCCUCUCUCCUGGCUUGCACGAGUAUCGAAUGAAGAGCAUUUAGAAAUCGUUGGUUAAGUGCUUUAAAUGAGAUACUUUGGCCAAUAUGUGUUUGAUUUGAAUGAAUGGUUGUGUUUGCAGUCACAGAGGCGUGUUAGUCGGCCAGUGCUCUGAUUGUCUGUAGUUGUGUGUCUGCUCAUAAAGUUCCCAUUGAUUAUGACAUUGAUUAUAAAAUGUAAGUGGAGUGAUGCAGAUGUCAGAUGCUGCUUGAAUUAGUUUUUUUUAGAUUUUUACUGAAGAGGUACUUAGUUGGUAACGUUGAUGAAUUUCUGUUCUGCCCUCUUUCUUUCCCUCUUCUUGUUUCCCUAACCUUUUCUAGCUCACAGACCUCACAACACUGCGGGGAUUGUCAGCUUCCCAGACUGAAACCAUUCAACCCUCUUUAAGAUUUCACAUAUUUAUUUAUUGUUCAAGAAGCAUGACAGUUUUAACCAUUUGAGUACUGUACUGUCUGUAUUCUUACUGCAGACAGCAGGAGUAUUUCAGUUGUAGUUCAUUGAAACUUUGUACAAAUAAAGACACUAAAUCCUUUAA